UUCUUCAACAACUGCAGCCACCUCGGUAGCUCGCUAGCAGACAAAGUCGGAACAUUCAUGUUCUUUAUACGAUUUCAUGGUUUAUUUGCCACUAUGAUUUAAACAUCAUUAUGUGGAAACAACUAGCUACCCCAUUAAAUGUAAUAUUUACGUUGUAAGUCAGCUAGCUGGCUGGUUAAGUUAGCACUAGUCUGGUCGCUAAUGCUAGCUAGCUAUUAUCCACGACCAUGAGCUCACUAAGCUACUCUCCUCCUGCUAAAGAAGAGGAGGUCUGUUGGAUGGAGAAAGAAGCUCUGGCGAAAGAGGAGGCUGUUUCAAUACAAAAAAAAGUAAAUGGCGAGACUGUUACUGUGAAAGAGGAGGAUGUUACUGUGAAAGAAAAGGAGGAAGAUGCCGUUUUUGGAGUGGAGGAUGAAGUGCAAGAAGAUGAAGACAUUUUUGGAACGAAGGAUGAAGAGGGGGAGAUUACUGUCACAUUAGAGGAGGACGAAGAAGAGAAGACUGGAGAACUGAUUAACACCAGUAAAUACAGAGAGAUACUUAACUAUCGUAGAUCCUCUGGGGAGCCUCAACAACCUCAUGAUGCUGAAGAGGUAGAGAAGAGUCUCUCCAGAUCAGAACACCUCAAUAAACACCUGCAGACAUCCACAGGGAAGAGAACUCACUGCUGCUCUGACUGUGGGAAGAGAUUCACCUCAUCAGGCAUUAAAAUUCAUCAGAGAAUACACACAGGAGAGAAAUCUUAUGGCUGUGAUCAAUGUGGGAAGAGUUUUGUUCAAUAUAGCCAUCUGAAGAUACACCAGAGAACACACACAGGAGAGAAAUAUUUUUGCUGUACUCAAUGUGGGAAGAGUUUUGUUACAUCUAGCCUUCUGACAGUACACCAGAGAACACACACAGAAUAUAAAUCGUAUUGCUCUAAUCGAUGUGGGAAGAGUUUCUCAGUCAAACAGCCUGGUACAACACCAGAGAACACACACAGGAGAGAAACCUCUUAGCUGUGACCAGAGAUAAUCUGAUAAAAGAUCAAAUAUCAGAAAAUAUAUGAAGGAGUUGUUUCAUGAUAUCAAUAAAUUAAUGUCAAAAUGUAGAGUGUAAUGACUACACACCCUAUAACACAUACAGCAGAGAAACUUCAGCGUGAACAGAGAUAAUCUGAUAAAAUACCUAAAUCAAUGAAUUAUUGUCACAAUAUAGAAUGUUUUAACAUUGUACUAGGAGUAUUUUAAUAAUGUCACAAUGUAGAAGCCAAAAUGUUUGCCCCUUUAUCAAUUGAUUUCAACAUGAUAUGGAUAUUCGCAUCAGGGGAAAAACCCAGGCUCUGAAUUGAAAGUUGUGUUGAGUUGUGUUACACUUAACACGUUGGUGACGUGGAUGGUAAUAGUACUCAAAUGGAUGAGUACUAUUUAUGUGAUUUAACAGUGAUUUAACAAAAAGUGACUAACACAAAAAGAGCUGUGUUACACUUACCACGUUGGUGACCCACUUGAAUCAAAAUGCAACACUUCAAAAUGUAGCUAGCUGCUUUCUACAAAUUGUCCUCUAACCA